UGUCGGCGGAUAAGUAGCCCUAAAAUCGGAAAUAUAUAUAAAGCUAUAUACUAGCGUAAUAUAACUUCACCGUCUAAGUGCGGCAAGGACUUGCAAGUGAUUAAGAUUUGUGUGAAUUAAGUCAAAAUGUUUGUGGAAAAAGUGUUUGAGCGUGCCACCAAGCUGGAGUUGUUCUCGCUCCUGCUGCUCAUGGUGAUCACUUUGAGUAUCUACACAUUCUAUGCGACCUUAAACACGUACCUGAAAUCGGUGCUUUUGAUGCUGAGGCUUACGGGACCGCCAUUGGUGCCAUUUCUGGGAAACUGUCACCUGAUCACGGACAAAGGGGUGAUGCAAAAAUGGUGCGGCAAUGCCUAUAAGCUAUAUGGCUCCGUCGUACGCAUUUGGGUACUCCUCUUCCCCUUCUUCGCCGUUCUAGAUCCCGAAGAUCUUCAGGUGAUUCUCUCCUCCAAGAAACACACCAACAAGGCGUUCGUCUACCGGCUGAUGCACAAUUUCCUUGGUGAUGGUCUCAUCACCAGCAGUGGCUCCAAGUGGAGCAACCACCGGCGGCUCAUUCAGCCUGCCUUCCAUCUCAGCCUGCUGGAAAAAUUCAUUGACACCUUUGUGGAUGCCUCACAGUCGCUGUACGAGAACCUAGAUGCCUCUGCCAAGGGCCAGGACAUCAACAUAGCCAAGUAUGUGAACAACUGCGUGGUGGGCAUACUAAAUGAGGCCGUUCUGGGCGUGCCCAUCAAGAAGAGGGACCAGGAUAUGGUCAACAUGGAGGACUCACCUUUCCGCCAGGGCAAGCUCAUGAUGCCCCAGCGCUUCACACGUCCUUGGCUGCUACUGGAUGGAGUCUAUCACUGGACCAAUAUGGCCAACGAUGAGCUGAACCAGAAGAAGCGUCUUAAUGACUUCACACGCCAGAUGAUCAAGCGACGUCGCCAGAUGCAGAAUAAUAACAAUGGGAACGACGAGCGCAGGUGCCUGCUGGACUUUAUGAUCGAGAUCUCCGACAGCAAUCCCGACUUCACCGAAGAGGACAUCGUAAACGAGGCCUGCACUUUUAUGUUGGCUGGCCAGGAUUCCGUGGGCGCCGCCGUCGCCUUCACUCUUUUCCUGCUGACCCAGAAUGCCGACUGUCAAGAGCGUUGUUGCCAGGAGCUGGAGACUAUCUUUGAGGGCAGCAACAGGGCUCCUACGAUGACGGAUUUGCGGGAGAUGCGCUACAUGGAGAUGUGCAUCAAGGAGGCACUGCGUCUUUACCCCAGUGUGCCACUGAUGUCCCGCAAGCUGGGCGAGGAGGUGCGCCUAAAGGAUUACACACUGCCCGCCGGCAGCAAUGUCUUGAUCUGCCCCUAUGCCACCCACCGGCUAGAGCACAUCUACCCCGAACCGGAAAAGUUUAUACCAGAGCGAUUCUCCCCUGAGAACUCGGAGCACCGCCAUCCGUACGCCUUUCUACCAUUCAGUGCUGGGCCGAGGUACUGCAUUGGCAAUCGUUUUGCCAUUAUGGAGAUGAAGACCAUAGUGUCGCGGCUGUUGCGUAGCUUCCACCUGCUACCCGUGCCAGGCAAGACUACCUUUGAGGCCACCUUCCGGAUUACUCUUCGUGCUUCCGGCGGCCUGUGGGUGCACCUCAAGCCCCGCGAUCACCCGCUAGCCGAUCACUAACCC